ACGCCAGUGACAUCGCUGAUCCUGGCAGUAUGCAAGACGCGUGUCAUGUAUGAACUUCGUAAUGGACUUCGCUCACCAUAGAGUCUCUGUGGGUCAGUGGUAGAGCAUCGGAGGUCUGAGGUUCGAUUCUUUGUCCCACGCUGGUGAUGGCACGAAAAACAUAAUUCUCAAACAAUGAUAAUGUUUAUAAAUAACAAAUAAUAACGAUAACAAUAACAAUGAUAACAACUGAAAGGUAGAGGAACAACGACAACAACACGAACGGUUUAAAAACGUAUCUGGAAGAGGAAUUCAUUAAAAUGUUUGUCGGAUGUCUACGUCUGUUUGCGGAAUAUGUGUAACUGCACACUCGUUACGAUAGAAAUACAUAAAAAAAAGUCCAAAUCAGGCUGAAAGAUUUAUCCGCUACUAGUAAAAGGGAAUUCGUCUAAUUGGCCGAGAUGCAUUUUCAUAUAACAAUGUAAUGUGAGAAGUACGGUUGACCGUUUUCAGUAAUUUUCCAAUGGCAGCAGAACAGGUUCUUGUCAAUCUUACCCGCCAGUACUCAAACAUAAAUCACAAAUAUAACAAAUACUGACCAAUCACUUGCUCAAUAGAAGAAAUCAAAACUAAGUGAUAUAUCCAAAACGCCAAAGUAAAUUUUGGUAUAAAAUGAAAUAACUCCGUAAACACAGCUGCCGGCAGAAACGUAACCCGCAUUAGAAACGGAGGGAGAUUUAUUUGCGUUGUAUGCGAUCAGUGGGAACAAAAUGCUGCAAGCUGUUGAGGUUUUUUAGUUUCAACAUUUUAUGCGUCUCCAUGCAGCAUUAAAAAAGAGAUUUUAUUGAAUUUUACGAUGGAAUUAUACCAUACCGUACAUGUUUUGUUCUUUUCUUUGAUGUUUUGUUUUCAUGCAGAGAACUAUAUCGCUGCUUUAUCGUUCCCCGGCAAAGACCCUUGUGACAGUGGCUGGCUAAAUUAUCAGACCAUAUGCAUCAAAUAUUUCCCAGAGAAAAGGACUUGGAGUGAGGCCAGAGAAACAUGCCGUGACUAUGAAGGAGAUCUGGUGACUAUACACGAUAGAAAAAAACAGACGUUUGUUUACAAAAAUGUUGCUGUAGACAGAACUCUAUGGAUCGGCCUUAUGAGAAAUGAAGAUAACGUGUUCCAGUGGGUUGAUGGCACAGAGCUUACAUUCACAAACUGGGUCACUAGAGCCCCCGACAAUUUGGAUGAGAAGUGUGGAGAAAUGACGAGUUAUUCCAGUUUUUACGGAAGAUGGAACGACAAUUGGUGCAGAAAACAACAAGCAUUUAUUUGCCAGACAGAAAUAAGGUACAACACCAUCUUCAGACGGUUACCGGGAAAAGAACUUCUUGGUCACGCGAUAAGCCAUCUCAAAGUAAGGAGUGACGUUGAAUGCAUGUUGCGAUGCCAAAGACAUCCCGGAUGUAAAUCGAUAAACUAUGUUCGCAGUAAUUCAGAGUCAGACGAGCAAAGAACAUGCGAGUUAAAUGAACAAGUAAAUGGAGCUUUGUCGGAAAUCCUUCAUGGAAAGGAGGAGUCUUGCCACUUUGUAGUCGUUUAAAGAUUUCUAAGAGGAAAAAGCCAUCAAGAAUACUGUAAACAAAUAUCACGUCAUGAUCUACGUGGCAAGAGAGAGUCACAAUAAUCAAAGUACAUCUAGAGUAGAGCAAUUUUCAAUUAACCAUCGAAAUCAAUUGGGAACUGCAUUCGUAUUGGUUUACUUCGCUCUGUGAUUGGUCGAGAAAACUCGUACCAUUCUCCCAACCAAUUAGAUGCAAAACUUACACCAAUCACCACUUGUUCGCCCACGUUUUCCCGCUCUUAAGGCGGUUUGUUUUAUCUUGCUCUGAGUUCUCAUUGGUUCAUUAGGGCAUUUUCCUUUAUUCCAGUUGGCCGUUGUAAAUACUUUGGUUUUGGUUUUGCGCGCGAAACUUAAAUGAAAGGGCUCUUCGGAUGAAUUUUGGGAGAGUCUGCUUAACCCAUAUCUUAAGGACAAUCGAAGCUUCACUUCCUCAUGAUAAAGUAAUAUAUGACUUACAAAUUUGCAUUUUAUAUACGUGCCGUGCAGAAAAUCGAUAACUAAAACGUGUACAUAAGCUUACUUGAAUACCUAUGAAUGUACAUAUUAGAUAGAUUGAUACAGAUAUUGUGAAUGGUGUUACACAAUCAAUAAACAGAAUGGUUU